CACUUUUGGCUGUUAAUGAUCAAGGGAAGAGUAAAUUAGAUUUAUAUUAUGGACUUUCAGAUUGUAAUGGGAUAGAUACAUUAUGAGGUAAAGAUACGUUUGAUCGUAGAGGAAUAGAGAUCUGUGUGAGAAGAGGAUAAUAUUAGAAGAUAACGGUUUUUAAGAACAUAACUCUUAUUACUUGGUGGAAAAGAAAUGUCGUUGAGUAACUUAUUAUUUUAAAGGUCAAGAAAUAAAAACAAGCGAUAAGAAAGAUGCCUACCAAAGAUCCACGAUCUUAUAUACAGAGAGUAGCGCUACCGAUAUCUCCACAGAAGGGUUUAAAGAUUCAAGCCAGAUGUUCUACAGUUUAUAACCCUGUCACACCAACACGAGAAGUUGUGCGUAAAGUCAACUACAGACGUCGACAAGAACAACUCCACACACAGGGUUUUAAUGCAUUAAAUCAUAAACCUUAUAAGGGAAUAGGGGAUCCAUUUUAUUUAGACGAGAAACGGUUGGUGCUGAGUGCUCUUGGACAGCUUGAUGAUUCAGAUGAUUUUUACUCAACAAGUAGUUCAGAUGAAGAUGAAACACAUCAGCGUUCCACUAUUUCUACGCCUUAUAAUAGGAAUACUGCUGCCAAGUUUAUGCUAAGAAGAAAAAGAAAAGAUUUAAACAAUUUAAACAAAGAAGUCAGCCAUGGCAGGAGUUUAAUACGUAAUGUAAAGUUGGGUCAUGGUUUAUUCGAUCUCAUUAAACAGGAACGAACAGCUAAGAAAGCAGCCAUUGCUAAAGCAUAUCGAGAGAAGGUAGAAGAAGCUAAAAAUGCUUGGCAACCGCCAAAAUCUGACAGUUCAGAUGAAUCGGAUGAUGCAAUUCCACAUGAUGUUGAACUUGACAGUAGUUAUUAUUCUGGUGAUGAGAGAGACAGUAUAUUUCUAACACAACCUAAAGAUCACAAAGGUGUGGCUUUCUCCAGUGAUGGGGGUUCAAGACCAAGUAGUUCACGUUCAACACCUCGAAAAAAGAAGAAAAAUAUUCCUCCACGUCCCUUCACACCAAAAUACACUAGUUUAUCGGAGGUCACAGAUCAUACGCAAGAUUUUGAGACAAAUUUAAACAGCAGUAGAUCUCCUACUAGGGAUGCAUCACCCGAGUCACUGCCUGUCGUGCCAGUCGUUUCGGCCAAUACUUCUAUUGUCAGUGCUGACUGUAAAAAUCCUUCAUAUGAUGUCUCCAGAGAUUCACUGUUUCGUCAGCUAUGUGUAUUAAACUGGAUAUUAGAAGCUAUGAAUUUAGAUCAGGGAUAUUCAAUGUGUCCAAUAACAACUUGCUGGAAACUUACAAAAAGUGAUAUUGGUGGUAGUAAAAUAUCAACUAAAAAACUACAGAAAGAAAAAACAACAGAAACUAAUUGGAACCAUUUUGUGACAAAUACGGGUGUUCAUUCUAGGAUGAAUAAAAGAUCAAGUGGACAGAGAUUAAGUCGACAGUUUACAAGCAGACGUGUAUUUUUACGUACUUCUGUUCAAUCAUCAGUUAGUCCUAGUAACAGUGUAACACAACUUAAUGUCAAUUCCUUGUCCAAUCAGCUUCAUCCAGGGGGCACUAUUCCAGAAGAUUCAUCUGUAUCUCCUGUACAGGAACCACCAGAAGAAGAAGAAACAGCUUAUAGCAGAAUGGGAUCAACAGGUAUAUUUAAGUUUUUAGAUGAAUAUUACGCUACUUUAAAACCAGAGACUGACGGUCCAGAUAAAACAGACGACACUACUUCCGAACGACAUAAACGAGAAAAACGAGCAAGUAUAUCAGAUGGUAAAUCAUCGAGAAAAUCCCACAGAAAAAGUUCUAAACAAGAACGAAGAGAAUCACGAGUUCAGUCAGCUCGUACCAACUCUACAGAUGACAGACUUCCUUCUCGUGGGUCAAGCACUAACUCUAGAAUUAUCAGACCUAAAAGUUCUCCAGGUUUGAUAGAAUAUCAAGCAACGUUACCUAGCAAUAAAUACUCCACACUGUCAACAGAUUUCCGACUUAAGUUUGAAGAGAUCCAGGAAGAUAAGGCAUUGACCUUACAUGAACUUUUACAGCAAUUAGAUAGAGAAAGGUUAGGAAAAUGUCAGAACAAGUUUUCUGCCAUGAGACCCAAGAGCAGUAUCGUACAUCGUGCUUUAGAUGAGAUGAGAGAAGAGGGAAGUAAACUUAUGACACAAUCGGCACAACAACUUCGUAAAAAAUCAUCUUUUAAGGGAAACUGGUUUACAGAUUUACAAGAUUGUAUACCUAAAGAACUACGAGAACUAUGGUAUUACAGUCUUGUCCUUGGCAAACUUGCAAAACAUGGUCUGAUUGAAAGUUCCAGUAAACUGAGUGUUUAUCAAUUUAUUAAAGUACUUGGUGAACUCCGUGAUUGGGAAAUCUGUAGUCCUGAUAUUACAGCAGCUAUUGAAUUUUGUCGAGAAAAAAUUGUCGACAUGACAGUUGAAGAUUUUGAAGAAUGGUUUCAUCAGCAAUUUCCUACCGUAUGGAGACCACCAACAGUUAUACCAACUAAAACUAAAGAUAAAAAGGAUCCAGAGUUCCGAUCUACACCACAGUCACAAACAUCCCGACCUACAACUACAGCAGCAACACCAAUAACAAUUAAUUAUUCCACACAUUAGUCUUUAGUUAGGGGUCUGGUUUUCUAUAAUAUUUAUCAUUCUUUCUUGUGAUCAAUAAAAUCUCAGAAAAUGGGUUCAGACAAGUGUUGCAUACCACUAGGUGAUAAUUGUACUCCAAAUGGCAGUAUGUUUAGAUUGCAGAUGUAGCCACUGAAAUAGAAAUCAUAAUGACAAAAGUUUUCUGCUUUAUUCUAUUUUUUUCUGUAGUUUGAAUAUGUUUUCUAAUCAAAUUUUGUUUAUUUAGACUGUCGACUGUCAAGGAACUAUAUUGGGUGGUUCAACAUACAUGACAUACUAAACAUUAUUUUAAUUUUAUUGCUAGACAACAAAGCUGCUGGUGAGCAUAUUAAUGGUGUUGGCAACUACAUAUUUAGCAUCUCAUAAAAAUAACUGUGAUAUUUUUCUAUAUGUUGAUGAUUGAUAAUGAAAUCGACAAAAGCAUUCAUUCAUGAUCAUUUAUUAAAACUUUGAAGAUCUCCUUGAAUUUUAUCGUAGGCCUUCUAUUAAAAAUUAUUAUGUUUAUGUUCACCUCCUAAACUGAUCUGAAAUUAAUAUACAUUUAUGUACCUCAUGUCAUUAAUUAAUCCUUUAAAACGAUCUGAAAUUAAUAUUUACAUACUUAUGCAAAUUCCAAAAAUAUUCUUAUUUAUUUAUGCAAUUUCCUUAUAUAAUAUUAAGAUAAUAUUCAUUUAUGUAAAUUCUUAAAAUGAUCUGAAAUUUAAACUUAUACUUUUAGCCAUGUAGAUUUUUAAAAUGAUCUGAAACUAAUAUUUUUUUUUUUGUACACUAUAUCACUAUUUAAUUAAUUUUAAUUGGACUAUAUUUUAUCAUGAUCCUCAUAUAAAUAAUCUAGAAUUAUUAUUUAUUUAUCAUACCAUUUAUUUUUUCAUAAAAUGAUCUGAAAUUCAUAUUUCAUUAUGUACAGAUAUUAUAUUUUUCAAUUUCAUGUUAUUAUCAGUUUUACUUAUACAAAAAAAAUAGAUAUACACAGUAUCUGUAAAAAUUUUAUUAUAUUGUUAUAUUUCUAUUAUUUUGUAAAAUAUAAUUUGUUGGGAAUUAAAUUAUAUUAUUAUAGCUAUAUUUUUAAAAAUCUGACUGGUUCUCUCUUUUUUUAAAUUAGUGGGUAUGAUUUGUAUGAAUUAAUGGGUAUCUUUGAAAAUUAUAUGGUGUGCUAGGGGUGGCAUUCUCCAAAGUACACAUAAUGUUUAUUAAUCAAAUCUAAAUUUUACACAUGUAUAUUAUUAUUAAUAUAUGCAAUUGUUAGUUAUUAUUAUAUAUAAUAAAAAGACUAAAUUCAUA